AUGGAAUGUGUUAAAACCAAAAGGCUUCCUUAUAUUUGGGUGGUGAUUAUAUUUUCUCUGAAGAGAUAUCAUGUUCAACAAGCCUGUAUCGACAGCUUCUUAACUCAGAGUGGGAGACCUAUGAGUCAAGUUAAUAAUGAUUUUUUUAUGGUAGUGAUUGUAUAUCCAAAUUAUUUAAAAUCAUACGGUUCAACUAGCUUGUAUCGACAGCUUCUUAACUCAGGGGUAGAGUGCGAGGCCCAUAACCUCGAGGUCCUAGGAUCGAAACCUAGAGAAGCUAAAUAUUUAAAUUAA